AUGUGCAGCGCUUGCCAACACUGGGGAGCAACCACCGCUAUCGCAGUCGCGAAAUUGACAACAAAACAAAAUUGGGGCGAUAAACAAACCGAAUUUGUUAGCAAAUUAGUAGCAAUGAGUACAACGAACACCGCGGCAGCGUCCCAGGACGCCUGCUACAUAUCGCUGCUCGGCCUAGCCGAAUACUUUCGCACCGCCCAGCCGCCAAACGUGAAGAAGUGCAUCCAGUGUCUGCAGGCGCUCUUCACCUUCACGCCGCCAUCGAAGGUGGAGGCGCGAACGCAUCUACAAAUGGGCCAAAUCCUGAUGGCGUACACAAAGAACAUUGACAUGGCGCGCCAGCACCUGGAGAAGGCGUGGAGCAUCGCCGAGCCGCUCAUGAACUUUGACGAUGUGAAAUUCGACACGGCCUCGGUUUUGGCGCAACUUCACCUGCAAACGGAUCAGAGCUCACACCAGGCCAAGGCCAUGCUGCGCCGGGCAGUGGAGCUGUCACAGCACAAUGUCUACUGGCACUGCAAGCUGCUGCUGCAGCUCUCACAGAUCCAUGCCAGCGAUCGGGAAUACUCGCUGGCCUCCGAGCUGCUGGCCGUGGGCGCCGAGUCCGCCGAAGAGGCGACUGCCACGUACCUGAAAGUGCUAUUUCUCCUCUCCCGCGCCAUGAUCCUCAUGAUUGAGCGCAAAACGAACGAUGUGCUGGCGCUGCUAAACACCGCAGGACAAAUCAUCGACAAUAACAUACCGAAUCCGCACCAGAAAGAGUAUCUGAAAGUGUUCUUCCUUGUCCUGCAGGUCUGCUACUACCUGGCCCUUGGCCAGGUGAAGACCGUCAAGCCCAGCCUCAAGCAAUUGCAAAUGUCCAUCCAGACGAUAAUGGCGCCCAAUUGGCCCACGGACGAGUCCAUCUUUGGGGCGAAUCAAUUGGAAAUGUUCGUGUGGCUGCCCAAGGAGCAGCUGUAUGUGCUCGUCUACCUCGUCACCGUCUCGCACUCCAUGAUGGCCGGGUACAUGGACAAGGCGCAAAAGUACACGGAGAAAGCUUUAACACAAAUCGAGAAACUGAAAAUGCAGGAGGACAAGCCCAUUCUGUCCGUCUUUAAGGUGAUUCUGCUCGAGCAUAUCGUGAUGUGUCGCAUGGUCAUGGGCAACCGCGAGCUGGCCAUACGUGAGAUUGCCGCCGCACGUGAUGUGUGCCUUGCGGUGCCGCAUCGGAGUCUGCUGAAGCGGCAUUCGGCGCAGCUGCACUGCCUCAUUGGAUUGUAUUCGAUGUCCACGAGUUUCUUCGAGCACGCCGAACGACAGUUUCUGGUGUGUGUGAACGAGACGACGGAGCGGGACCUGAAACUGUUUGCCAAUCUCAAUCUGGCCAUUAUCUACCUGCGCACGAAGCGGGAUGCGGAUCUCAAGCAAAUACUCGACGCCGUGUCCACGGAGAAUACGCACACGUACAGCAGCCAGGCGCUGAUGGGCGGCUUCUACUAUGUCCAGGGACUGCACGCCUUCCACAAGAACAGCUUCCACGAGGCCAAACGCUUUCUGCGGGAGACCCUCAAGAUGGCCAAUGCCGAGGACCUGAAUCGUUUGACAAGCUGCUCGCUGGUGCUGCUGUCUCAUGUGUUCCUCAGCAUUGGCAACUCCAAGGAGAGCAUGAACAUGGUGACGCCGGCCAUGCAGCUGGCCAGCAAGAUACCCGACAUACACGUCCAGCUGUGGGGCUCGGCAAUACUCAAGGAUCUGCAUCGCAUGUCCAAGGAUGCGCAGCACGAGAAGGAUGCCUAUGCGAAUCAUGUGAAAUACUCGGAGAACCUGAUAGCCGACCAGCGCAAGUGUGUCCAAAGUGCGCACCACGAGCUGGUCAAUUGGUUCCAGGGGGAUCCGCCCGUCACCAGCGGUGCCAGCGCGCUCAUCCUCACCGAAAUACCCACCACCUCAGCGCUGCAAACGACGGCGGGGCAGCAGCAACAGCAGCAGCAAUUCGGACAGUUCUAUUAACAUUUCAAAUGCAAUUUUAUGUU